AUGCAUUUAAAAGGCCAUGCAAAUGGCUACCAGUGUGACGUAUGUCAUAAAACUUUUAUAAAUAAUCGAGCCUACCUUUCACACCGUGACACGGCACACAAGCGGCACGCAUCGGUAAGCGAUUUUGAAGAAGAAUUUAUGGGCUUCGAAGAUGCCGAAUGUGUGGCCGAGCCUGCAAAUGGAAUUUGUGAGGAGCCAGGGUGGGAGAUAGAUGUGCCAUCACCCGGAGUGGGUGAUGAGGGACCAUCAGCCGAGGUAGGCUUGGAGGAGGAGUCUCCAAAUGGAAUUUGUGAGGAGCCACAAAAUGAUGUGGCAGGGGCGGAGAUAGAUGUGCCAUCACCCGGAGUGGGUGAUGAGGGACCAUCAGCCGAGGUAGGCUUGGAGGAGGAGUCUCCAAAUGGAAUUUGUGAGGAGCCACAACAUGAUGUGGCAGGGGCGGAGAUAGAUGUGCCAUCACCCGGAGUGGGUGAUGAGGGACCAUCAGCCGAGGUAGGCUUGGAGGAGGAGUCUCCAAAUGGAAUUUGUGAGGAGCCACAAAAUGAUGUGGCAGGGGCGGAGAUAGAUGUGCCAUCACCCGGAGUGGGUGAUGAGGGACCAUCAGCCGAGGUAGGCUUGGAGGUUGACGUGUGUCCACCCGAAGCGGGUGAUAAUCCCCAAAAUGCCGAAAAUAUGGUUGUAUGGAUGUGCAAUCAGUGCGAUAAACAGUUUAAUUUAAAAGACUCGCUAAACAGGCACAAGGCACGAAGCCACGGUUUGCCAAAACCUCGCAUCCGAUGCGACAAGUGCGAGGAAACAUUCGUCUCGCAGGACAGUUUAAAAAGGCACUCGAAACGAAAACACGAGGAGCCGGUAGUUGAGAGGCCACAGCCUCAGAUCUAUCGUUGCAGCGAGUGCGGUAAUGAGUACAAAAGCGCUGAUAAUCUCACAAGACACAAAAAAGUUCACAAGGAGCCAGAAGGAUCGGUCGAAGAGGAAACCGGUGUUACAGAAGUGAGCAACUACCAGCAGCAAUGA